UUGGUCAAGCAACACAUUUUUGCCUGGACAAGAUGACAUACUCCCCCAUUUGGCAAGCCUUGAUUGCUGCCGGGAUAAUCCUGUCGGUCACCAAGGCAACUCAGGCAGCUAUAAGCUUCGAAUAUGAAGGCUUCACCGGGGUUGAUUUUACAGGAAGUGGGAUCGACACUAGCGUGUCUUCCCAGAACCCGAACGGCUGUGCUUAUAUUGACCGGAUUUUGGACUUAAAGAUGGUCUCUUUCAACACGUACGGCCGUUGCUUGACGCUAUAUUCUGAGCUGGACUGUAAAGGAGAGCAGCGUAUAUUUAAGGGGAUCUAUCCCGACCUGGCCAAAAAGGGGUGGGCAAAUAAGGCGAGAUCCAUUGCUCCAUUGCCCGAUAAUUUAGUUUGUCUCGGAUAAAGGAGUAAAAAGCAAUGAGAUGGAAGAUUUGGACGUUUGAAGUCAAAUUAAUACGUAGUGAAGCAAAAUUUUGCUUCACAUUAUAGUAUGUGUUUGGGGAAAUGUACAUGUA